AUGACGUCUCCAGACUGCCCUGCACCAAUAUCAGACUACGGAAUCGGUUUCGUUCAGAGCGUAUGUGCUCUUAUGUCCGAGAGCUUCUUAUACGGCAUCUACUUUGUUUCCAUGAUUCUUGCUAUACGAAGCUUAACGCGUAACCGGAAGAAGGAGAACAAGCGCUCCUACCUGCUCAUGAUCAUCUCAAUCAGCUUCAUGUUUCUUCUAUCGACGGCCCUUAUAACAUUGGACGCCACAUCGCGGAUAGCCCCCAACACCUCAAGCCAUACCAAUCAGUUCGUUCUUGCGCAAACCAUUAUUUUCUCAUUUCAGUUCGUAUUCGGUGAUGCCAUCGUUGUGUGGCGUGCAUGCAACUUAGUCCAGUAUCGUUGGAAGUUGAUCAUCGCACCGCUGGUGUUGCUGUUCGCUUCCGGUGCCGUUGCGACCUUCUUCAUUGGCUGUAUGGGUGUUCAUGGCUGGUACAUGCUCGAACACGAAGCGCAGUCUUGUGCACGCUCCCAAACUGGAGGCUACAUUCUCUCCGUCGCCACCAACUUCGCGGCGACGUGUCUCAUUGCAUAUACCGCCUGGACACACCAUAAAUUGGUCAAAUCAGUCCGCGCAAGGAAGACGGGGACACUUGUAGAGAAUGUUUUAGCUCUUCUAAUCGAGUCCGGUUUCAUAUACCUGCUUAUCUGGGUCUCGAAAUGUUGGACGUAUUGGCCAAGUCUGCGACCCCAGGAUUCCGCAGCUGGCUAUGCAGAGGUCAUCAUCAACUCUACUAACAAUCAAAUCUCCGGCCUAUAUCCAACGAUUAUUGUCGUUCUCAUUCAAAUGCAGCAAGAACAACAGACCAGUGUGUGGUCCGUUGGUAAUAUCGAGCCCGGCAACAUUCACAAUAUACCAAGCGAUCCAAACUCACUUCCAGACUUGGUGAUGCCCUCUGACUCGGACUCUGAAUCAGCCACCGGUACUAGCACCAGCUUGGAUCCAACACCGGGGACAUCUAAUGUCAAUCUUCCCGACCACCGAGAGGACCUGGAGGCGAUGAAGGAGCUCGGGCCAGGCGGUGCGGCUUCAUCCAGGAUGUGA